AUGAAUACCAAUCAACAAAUCAAUUUCUACUAUGCCAAUCGCCAAUACACCCUACUCUGGCAAGAUCUCGAUCAAAAUAUCCUAAAUGAAGUGCUCUUCUUCCUUUUCAAUGAAAUCUCAACCAAAAAUAAACUGAAUAACAUGGCAUUCCUUGAUUCCAACUCACAACCUAUCCAAAACUCACUCCCUCACUUCAUUCAAUCACAAAAUGUCUAUAUCACCAACUCCAACAACACAUAGAUGAUGAAUAUGGUAGAAGAAUAGGAAUUUCAGAAUCUCUACCAGAUACACCCAAAUCAACUUGUGAUCCAAAAGUAUAAGAAAAUGCAAAAAUUGGAAAGUGUCAAUUAUCAGAUGCAAACCAUCUUUAAUCUUAAUCAACAAUAUCGAGAAGCCAGCCAAAACGUUAAGGACAAUACGAACAUGAUUAACCAGAAAUAAAGCAUUGAGAGAAGUGCCAACACCUAUCCAAUUACUAAAAUUAAAUCAACCACAAAUCAAACAUUACAUAAACGACAAACUGAAUUUAAAUCUUACACCAUGGAAGAGGUUCAAUUACAUAAUACCCAAAAUGAUGCAUGGAUUGUGUUGCAAGACAAUAUCUAUGAUGUGUCUUAUUACAUUGAGAAACAUCCUGGGGGUCGAGAAUAAAUUCUCAGGGGAGUUGGAAAGGAUGCCACUCUCCUGUUCCUCCAACAUCAUCCUUGGAUCAAUUUCCAUUACAUUCUUGAGAAAUUUCAAGUGGGCUAUUUAUCAAAAUGA